AGUGGAGGCCUGCGGUGAUGCUCGCAGCCAUCGACUGUGCCGACGAGGACAACCAGCAAGUAUGCAUCGAUUUUGGGAUCACCGGCUUCCCCACGCUGAAGUUCUUUAGACCUUUUAGCAAGAAGGCAGAGGAUGGGAUCAGGAUUACCAAUCCCAGUGCCACCGUUGAGGACCUGCGCCAUGCCAUCAUCACCAACCUGGAGCAGAGCCAGGACGCCUGGCCGCCCGCCUGUCCUCCGCUGGAGCCAGCGAGCGCAGAAGAGGUUCACAGCUUCUUCCAGAGGAACAAGGACCAGUACCUGGCACUGAUCUUUGAGAACAGCAACUCCUUUGUGGGCAGAGAGGUGGCACUGGACAUGCUGCAGUAUGAGAACGUGGCAGUGAGGAGGGUGCUGAGCAGCGAGGAGGAGCUCGUGGAGAAGUUUGGUGUCACCACCUUCCCCUCUGGCUACCUAGUCUUCCGCAACGGCUCCUUCUCCCGCCUGCCCGUGCACGUGGAGGCACGCUCCUUCUACACCUACUACCUGCGCAUGCUCUCGGGCGUCACCCGUGGCUCCUACAAGCUGAACACAACCAUCAGUUCUUCCAACGAGACCGCUGUGUCCCAGCCGAAGAACGCUGACCGCUCCAAGGUGUACAUGGCUGACCUGGAGUCCACGCUGCACUACUCGCUGCGGGUGGAGGCUGCCCGCCCCGCCGCACUGUCAGGAGCCCAGCUGGCCGCCUUCAAGUGCUACGUGGCCUUACUGGUGAAGUACUUCCCCGGACGCCCCAGCGUGCAGACCUACCUGCAGUCCCUGGACGGCUGGCUGAGGAACUGGACAGAACCUGAGCUGCCCCGCGACGCCUUGAAGGAGGCCAUGAAGAAUAACAGAGAUGCCUCCCACCCCGCCGUGCUCCCCACCAACGUGACCUGGGUGGGCUGCCAGGGCAGCGAACGCCAUUUCCGUGGCUACCCCUGUGGGCUCUGGACAGUUUUCCAUCUGUUGACUGUCCAGGCUGCCCAGAGCGGCCCUGACAAAGAGCUGCCGCUGGAGGUGCUGGGCACCAUGCGCUGCUACGUCCGACACUUCUUCGGCUGCCAGGAGUGUGCCCAGCACUUUGAGGCCAUGGCAGCAGAGUCCAUGGACCGUGUGGCGAGCCGGGAGGAGGCUGUCCUCUGGCUCUGGUCCCAUCACAACGAGGUCAACGCUCGUCUGGCGGGAGGUGACACGGAGGACCCAAAUUUCCCCAAGCUGCAGUGGCCUCCGCCGGACAUGUGUCCCCAGUGCCACAGGGAGGAGCGGGGGCUGCACGCCUGGGACGAGCCGGCGGUGCUCACCUUCCUCAAGGCACAUUUCUCCCCGGCCAACAUCUACCUGGACUACGCCGAGGCUGACCCCAUCCCCGUGACCGGGGAGGGGACGGGCACCAGAUUGGGCACUGAGAGCCCACGAGAGGAGAGGGAAAAAGAGGAAGAAGAGGAGGAAAAGGAGACAGAGGGGGAGAUGAGAGCUCCUGGCCCCGAGCCGCGACGCCCCAGCAUCGUGCGCCUGAACCCCAAGCUGCGGGAGGUGAGCGAGGACAUCGUGGACCUGGACUCGUUCAGCGAGCAGCACUUCAAGAGCCAAGCGCUGCGAGCGGCGGCCGGC